UCGCGGUCUCGUCUCAGUCUUCUCCGCGGUGUCGGCUGGAUCACACGCACGCUCGCCUUUCUGUUCCUCUUCUCCAGACGCUCCCGAGGGUUGUUGGGACGUCACGCGAUGUCUCUUACGUCAUCGGCCUUUUGAUUCGAGAAGCAGUAACGGAGGAGAAGAGAAGAGCGUUGACAAGCACAGGCGGGGAUGAGUUCGGUGGCGGCGCCCUUCGGGGCCUCCACCGCCCUGACCGAUCUCGACAGCAUCACCGAUGAAGAACGUCUCAGAGUCAUGUGGCAACAGGCCGAAGACUUCGGUGACCGUCGGCGGAUCAGGGCGAGGAUGUACAAGCUCCGGGAGCAGCGGCUGCGCGAGAUGGUGCAGAACGACGAGGAGAGCCUGGGCACGCUGUCCACGGCCGACGACGGCACCGUGACGGAACGCACCGAGACCACCAUCACCGUCGGCAGUGACGGAGAAGGGAUGACCACGACGACUACGCGACGCUCCUCCAACAUCGAGGUGAAGAUGCAUGUGGAUGGAGACUCGGCAGUAACAGAUUCCAUUUCAACACAGAAUGUUCGUCUCGGUGGACUCACGAUGCGCGGAAUGGACUCCAUGACCCUUGAGGGACACUCGGCAGAGGACAUGAUCAAGGAACGCAUGCGCAAAGGAAGCCAGGACCGAUCGACGAGGUACCAAAGGAUCCUUGGAGAGCUGUCGGACGAUGCCAACAAUGAAGGCGAUGCUGUCGUCUCCAUUACCAAGUCCACAUAUUCCAUUCAGUCCAAUGCCCUGGCUGGCGAAGGAUACCUUUCCAUGAAGAACAAGGAAGUGAGAGACUCCGUUUCCCCGACACGCAUCAUGAGAGAACGCAGGUCCUCUGCUGAGGAGGAUGUGUCGGCCAAUGAAGGACGCUUGACCUCCGAUGAUGAAGGAGUACUGAGGACUGAGAGUGAGAGCAGGACCUUGAGGACAACAGAGACAAAGACGACUUCUUCAUCCCGCAAGUCGUCACGAGAUGAACGGUCCUCCAGCAAGACUUCAAGAACAAGCAAAUCAGAGAUCCCCGUUCGUAGCUCGACUGCUCGGAAAAUCUCCGACAGGAAACCAUCGAAGGAACUUGACAUCAAUGCGGCUCGUCGUAAUGCUGGAGAUAAGGCCUCACCUUCAUCUCCUACGAAGCGAACUCCGGGCGACAGUUCAUCCAGAAUUCAAAUGACAAGAAAGACAGGAGCUCAGAAGGAGGCCCCAGUCACCACAACCAAAACUACAGUAAAGACAACAAAGUCUGGCAUCCCGUCCAGGAAGUCAAAACUAGCAGAGGUUGAAGCAAAGAUGGAAACCUCCAUCAUGUCUGAGUUAGACAAAUUAGACACAUAUCUCAGUGCAAGUGUUGAUGAUGAUGAUGAAAUUAUCAUGGAGGAAGAAGAGGAAUGUCUUGACGAGUCUGGCAAUGUUGUGAAGAUGUUGGUUCAGACAAGAAGGAAGAAGGACGGGACUGAAUGCACUGCAAGGCGUGUGGCAAGAUCAACCAAAGUUGUUAAUAGUGAAAGUGAGAUUGAUGAGAUUCUCAUUGGAAACCCAGACCAUGAAGUGGUUGAAAGAGAUGUCACUGAGGAAGAGGACAAAGAUGGCAACAAAAUCAAAAUUAUUACUGAGACAAGGCGCAGACCUGACGGAAUUGUAUAUACUACUAAGAAUGUGCUGAAGACAUCAAAGAUCUUUGACUAUGACCAUCCAGAGGACGUCGCCUAUAAUGAGGACGACGAAUUGAUUUCUACUGACAAAACUGAAGAAACAGAUGAAAAUGGCAUCACCAUUCAGACUGUUACUGAAACAAGGCGAAAGCCCAGUGGAGUUGAGUACACCACUAAGAAGGUAUAUAAAACUUCUAAGGUAAAGAGCACACAGAUAACACCUUCUGAUGAUGAUGAAGUGAUUGAUACACAGGAGACAGAGGAAAAGAGUGAAGAUGGCUCAAUCAUUCGCACUGUUAUUGAGACUAGACGCACCAAGGGAGGAGAAGAAUAUACCCACAGGCAAGUGUUCAGGUCCCGCAGGAUGACUCUGUCAGGUGUGGACCUUCAGAAGGGUCUCCCAACAAUCCAAAAUGAUGAUGAGGUCUUGAGUAAGGAGGAGAAGGAGGAGACAGAUGACAGUGGCAUGAAGAUUAGGGUUGUCACAGAAACUCGAAAGAGGAAAGAUGGAUCAACAUAUUCGUUUGAAUAUGUACUGCGUAGCUUCCAGGGUACAGAAGAGGAUGUAAAGAGAAUGCCAGUGGGAAGCGCUUGUUCUUCUAAUAUCGCUGUUAGUGCUGAGGAUGAGCUGAUAAAUGAGGAAGUAAAGGAAGAGAUUCAGUCUGAUGGAUCAACAGUCAAAACCAUCAUUGAGCGACGCCGCACAAAGGACGGCACCGAAUAUCUUCGUCACCGAAUCAUGAGGAUUCCCAAAAUGCCUGAACCAGUUCUGCAAGUGGCCAACUUGGAAGAUGAAGUCUUGCAAGAAGAGGUCAAUGAGGAAACAUUGAGUGAUGGCACUCACUACAAGGCAGUGACCGAGCGUCGCCGAAGCAGUGUGUCUGGUACUCAGUACACACUUCGAAGGAUGUCAAAGGUGUAUCAGCAGGCAAGCAUCCACCCUAAGACUUCUGAAGAUGAGAUCCUCGAUGAGAAUGUAACUGAAGAAGAAACAGACGAAGGUACUAUUAUCAAGACAGUGAUACAAAGGUAUCAAAGACCAGAUGGCUCUGUUUACACAACACACAACAUUCAAAAGAUGUUUAGCUCUCCAGCACCUGUCACAUUUGUCGGAACUGAAGAGGAUGAGCUGAUUGACCAGACAGUAGAUGAGGAGGAAACAGAGGAUGGUUACAUCAUCAAGACUGUGACCGAAACCCGAGAGAGGUCAGAUGGCGUGAGGUACACAGUAGAACGAACAGAGAAGACAUCUAAGCAUGGAUCUCAAGUUCACAUUUCAUUCUCUGAAAAUCGCCAUCAGAGGCCCGAGGAAGUCGUCCAAGUCAGCAGUCCAGAUGACACCCUUGUGAGUUCUGAGGAAGAGCAGCACGAGGAGGAAGAUGGCACUAUUAUUAAGACCAUCACAGAAAUUAGGCGUCGUGUUGAUGGCACCGAGUACACCUCUAAGACCAUCAUAAGGUCCACACCUGUCCUUGUGCCAGAACGUGAAACCAGCUAUGUAGUUAUCAGGCCUGAGGAUGGUGAUGAUGAGUCGGAAUUGUUCCCAUCACUUGAUGACGAGGUUGUUUACACUAGAAAGAAGCAAGAAACUGAUGAAUACGGCAAUGCCAUUACUGUUAUCAUUGAAACCCGCCAGAGCAAAACGACUGGUGAGAAGUAUAACAUUACAAAGAGGGUUCACACAAAGGAUGUCAUCAUGACUGAUGAAGGCGAAAGGGAAAUUCCUAAGCCAGUUAAGAAAUCAACUUUGGAAGCAAGAAUUUCGCCAGAUAGGAAAAGACCUUCAGGUGAUGCACCUGACGAAGAACCAGACAAUGUUCCUUAUGGAUCGGUUUCUGCUCUGAAGAACAGGUUUACUCCUGGCAAGAAAUCAGAACCAACAACAAAGUCUAGCAAGCCUGAUCGGGUAAAUACAUCAAGCAAAAAGAAAUUCUUUGAAGAAGCAGCUAAGACUGCAAGUGCUGAGAUCACAAGUCUGAAGUCCUCCUUGAAGAAAACAGAAACCCAGGAUAAGCCAAAGGACACUGAUGUAGAUGCGAAACGUGACCUGCUACCUUCCUUCACAGAUGACAAAGCAUCAGUGGAGGUGAAAUUGCGAGUUGAAAGGGAUGAAGCAACUGUUGAAAAGGUUACCAUGCAGAAUGUUACCAGUGAAGUAACAGAGGAAACUGAUGUCACAGAUGCACGAGAGACAGACAUUAAAGACUUGGAUACUGAAAUUGCCAGGUUGGAAGAGGAAGAAAAUGAAAGGUAUGGACACGAUGACGAGCCUGAGCCUGAAACAGAUGAACCUGAUGAAGAUGAUUUAGGGGAUGACAAGGAACCAGAUGAGGAGAUGUCCUCACCCACAGAAGAUGAUCCUCAGGAGCCUUCCAGGAGGAGACCAGACACAACAAAGAAGGCACCUGUCACUUCAAGGACUACCAGGAGGAAGCCAGAAGAUGAACCAAAGAAGAGGCGUGAAGUAAGCCCAAGGAAGAAGCCAGAGGCUGAUGAGCCUUCACGGCGAGUCCCUCUUGGAUCCAGAAAAGCUCCAGCCAAGGAUGACUCUCCUACACGCCGGGUACCAUCACAGAGAGAUCCUGUUGCUCCCAAGGACACUAACAAACGUGCUCCAAAGACAACUACAUCCCCACAGCGUGUCCCCAGCUCCCCAGCUCGUGGACGAUCACCCAUUAGGUCUGGCGUGUCAACUCCACGUGAGGUGACACCAACAGGCAGACAGUGCUGCAAACGGCAUAGGGAAGCAAAUGAUUCAGAGCCUGAGAGUCCAACCAGGACCCAAAAGCCAGAGCAAACCAGUCCUACUCGCUCAAAGAAGCCUGAGCCCAGCAGCCCGACCAGAAAGUCAGCUCGGUCACCACCUCUCAAGAAACCCCUCUCCCCUGAGAGUAAGCCGAAGAUGAAUGGUGAUGUUCGUCGUCCAGAGCCUAGAACAAAUGGAGAUAUUGGAAGGAAACCAGACGACAAGACUCCAAGGUCAAGGAGACCAGGUGAAAAACCCAGUGAACCCGAUAGAACAACUGCACGACCAACAAGGCCAUCCCAGUCUCCCAGGAAGUCACCAACAACAAGGUCACCUGAUAAACGUGAGCCAACCAGGUCUGUUCCUUCAAGAACGACUGAUAAGAAAACUCCUGCCACCAGGCUAUCUGACAGGACACCCAAGGGUCGAUCUACAGAGCCAGACUCUAAAACUAAACCAAAAUCUGGUGCCAAAGAACCAGUCGUUACCCUUCCUGAAACUCCCAUGACAGAAGAUAUGAGGCCUCUUCCAUCUGACGAGGAGUACAGUCCCAGGAUAGAGGAUGUAUCUGGUGAGCCAGAUCUGCCUUACCACACUGUCCACAGGCCCUCCAUUGUCCGUGAGCCGUCAGAGUACCCCUCUGAUGGUCAGGAGGCUUCUGACUCCUCGCCAGAGGACAAACCAGAGGAGCCUUCUGAAGAGGAAGAGCCUCAAGAUAAGAGACUCACAGACAGGAAAAAGCCUGUUGAUGAUGAGCCAAAGGAUGACACUAUCAAGCCUAGAAAAACAAGGCCUUUAGAGAGUAGGCCAAGUGACAAGAAUAUCACAAAGGAGCCUGAAACCUCCAGAAAGAAGGCACCAGAUACCAAGCAGUCUCCUAGAGAUAAGCCAUGGUUGGCAGAUAGGAAGAGUAUAUUUGAAAAGAAGCCAAGUGAUACUAAACUUACUCCAUCUAAACCUGAUGAAGAUAAGAAAACACCAGAUAGAAGGAGACCAUUUGAAAGAAAACCGAGUGAUGAGAAGAUGAAGAAACCCAAAGAAUCUGAAAAGCCAAGAGAUGAACCAUCAGCAGAAGAUACAUCUCCAAGUGAAGAUGAGAACAGAGAGAAUGGAAUGCCUGAGGAAGCUCCAAAAUAUGUCACUCCUAAAGAAAAAUCUCCAGAGCCUGAACGACUGCGAAAGAGACCAGAAGAAGUCACCUCCAGAAUCACUGAGGACGUUGAAAAAUCGGUGUCCUCUCAGAUUAUUUCAGAAAAGAAGAUCACAACAACAGAUGUCGCAGCAAGGAGAUCUGCCUUUGAUCGUAAGACUCCUGUUGACAAGAAAAAGGAUACUCCUACAAGGAAGCCAUCCUAUGAAAUUAAGGAAUCUGUCUUUGCAAAGAGGUCACUCUUUGAACAACCUAAGCAGGAUCCAGUCCCAUCACCCAUUAAGCGUCCUACACUGAAGUCCACCAUUAAGAAGGAUGAUAAACCCAAGGAGCCAGAAGUUCGCAAGCCUUUGAAGGAAACAAAGGAGCCAGAGGAUCGUAAGCCUGUCAAGGAGCCAGAGGAUCGUAAACCUGUCAAGGAGCCGAAGAUUGUCCCUAAGUAUUUCCAUCCACUGGGUGAUGAUGAGGAAGAACCAGUCGAAAAAACUGUCAAGGAAGAAGUGAAUGAGGACAUUAAGAUCACAUCCAGUAAGCUGGUGAUGAGUGCUAUGGCAUCUACCAAUCAGACCACCACCAAGGAGGUGAGAAAAACAACCAGAAGAUCUGAAGAACCCUCGGAUGAUAAUGACGACAGACCCGAAGAUGAGCGCCCGUACAGAAGAGAACCCUUUCAGCAGGGAAGGCUCUCCGGCUAUGCACAGCAAGGAGGCUUCCCCUGCCCCACGUAGCAAGGAGGGCUCGCCCGCUCCCUUCAGCAAGGAAGGAUCUCCAACUCGCUUCGUCACAGGGAAGCCAGUGGACAGCGGUAUUAAUCCAAACAAGAUUCGCCGCAUUGAGCGAGCCGGUAGUAACAAGAAGUUCUUUGAGGACUUGGAGGUCUCACGAGAGAACCUACCAGAGUAUCUCAAGACCAUUGAAACAAUAUAUGAUAUUACAAUUCUUGAAAGCAUGGUA